ACGGCGUCUCGUUACCUCACGAUCAGGAUUUCCUGCACAGGUUUUCAAAUGAAAAUGGAGGAUAUGCCCCUCUCAGGCCCAGACAACACCAAGCUGGAGGCCUUGGUGCAUGACAUCUACUCUGAGCUGGUGGAGGAUGCCUGUUUGGGCCUGUGUUUUGAGGUACAUCGCGCUGUGAAACAGGGCUACUUCUUCCUGGAUGAAACAGACCAAGAGAGCAUGAAAGAGUUCGAAAUCGUGGACCAGCCCGGGGUGGACAUAUUUGGGCAGGUUUACAAUCAGUGGAAGAACAAAGAGUGCGAGUGUCCCAACUGUAAAAGAUUAAUAGCCGCCUCUCGCUUCGCUCCACACCUGGAGAAAUGUCUGGGCAUGGGCCGCAACAGCAGCCGCAUCGCCAGCCGCAGGCUCGCCAGCAAUAACAACAUGAGCAAAUCGGAGAGCGAUCAGGAGGACAACGACGACCUGAAUGACAACGACUGGUCGUACGGAGCAGAAAAGAAAUCCAAGAAGAGAAAGUCGGAUAAGAAUCAAAAUUCCCCGAGAAGAUCAAAAUCUCUGAAACACAAAAAUGGUGAACUUGGGACUAACAUCGGCCCGGAGCCUUACAAGUACAACUACAACACUGGCAUCAGCUAUGAGAGUUUAGCUCCUGACGAGGUCCGCUCCCUCCUAACGACGGUGAGGAACUUUCCGGAGCAGAGCCGGUCACCAAAGUCCUCCCGCAGCCCGUCCACUGUUUGGGAAUCCUGCUUUGCCUUCUCACUGACGUCAUAUUUGUUUCCACAGCAAUGCGGGGUGAUCUCUGAGCACACCAAGAAGAUGUGUACAAGGUCUCAGCGAUGCCCCCAGCACACGGACGAGCAGAGGAGGGCCGUCAGGGUGUUCCUCCUGGGGCCGUCCGCGCCGCCGCUGCCGGACGCAGACCCCGUGGCGGAGAGCGACAGCUUCGACAUUCCAGACGGACAGACUUUGAGGAGCCGCCUGCAGUGGGAGGACUCCCCGGACAUCUCCCCCACAGACUCCGCCUCCUCCAAAGCCAGCACCAAUCACUCGGAUUCUCGGAAGCCCAAGAAGAAGAAGAGGCCCCCUCUGGGUCUGAGCGGCGGGGGCGGGAGUGGAAGUCUGACCGGAGGCGGGGGCAGCAGCUCUCAGAGUAAUAUCAGUUUGUCCACCAAAAAAAAGAAGCCCAAGCUCUCAGCGCCUCCUAUUCCAAGUAUCUAUGAUGACUUAAACUAG